UCCCACAGACUACACGCUACUCAGCUCGCUCACAGUCGCAGCACAAAUAAAACCGAGGCUUUUUUUUGGACUUAAAUUUUGAUUUUUAAAGCCUGAUUCGCCAUUUUUGAUUCCUGCCAAAAGUGUCAAGACAGAUGCGACCGUUUUUAAUUGGAUUUGCCUCCUCCUGUCGAAUAAUAACGAUGCGCCUCUCCGGCUGACUGUGGGGUGGACACCGCAGAUGAGCAGCUUCUAUAUGACUGCUGGCUUGCCUCCACACACCCCCGGGCCGCGAUGUGGUCGGUCAAAAGUAGGCGGCGGAUCCUUGAGUGUGGUCCUGUGAGAUCUGCCAAGCUGAAAAGCGCCACUGACAGAACCACAGCCAGGCCUGAGGACAGACAUCCCAAACAUCCACAGCCACGGAAUGUGUCAACAUCUUUGUGGUGAAAUCCCGCUGACUACUCGCUUGCUACUCAUAUAAGCCUGGAGCUGGGCCUUCUGGGAUCCUACAGUGUUUUAAGGCAUACAACAAUGCCUGGGAGGCCCACCUGCCCCGGAUUGCCUCCAACCAUGGUCGCUGUUUCACCACAGUGCUGACUUUGCCCACUACAGAAAGGGAUCACAGCGGUCAGUGCAUCCUUCAUCCCCCUGCACACUCUCUGUGCAAUUGUCUGCCUUUUUUUUGGUAUUUAGAAAGUCCAUGCCACUGUCAACCAGAUGACCUAGUGGACAUUUGUUUCCCAGUAGCAGUCCUGAACCAUACGAGGGGAUCCUAGUAUUGAACAUGACUCAUGGGGAGGAGCCUGGCCCUGAGACACACAAGGAUUCAGCUGUUCUAACUUAUCUGGAAGGUUUACUGAUGCAUCCAGUGGUAGCCGGGCCUGGGGCCACGGCAAGUGGGAGGUCUGAGGCUGCCCACAGCAACCAGGAGCAGGGUGACAAGGUUAGUGGGCCUUUCCAACUGCCAAACCAUGGCCCCACAGCUCCAAAGGCUGGAACCAACGGGCCCAUACUAGGUUCUUCGCAGAACCUGAAGAAGGCCCGACUACUGCGCUCUGGAGACUGGAAUGAUCCAGGGAAUCAGCGAAUGAGUUCACCCCCAAUGGAGCUGAAUGGCCAAGGGGGAAGCCUGCAAAAUGGAGCACUAGAGGGAUCUCCUCAUGCUGGGGAGAGCACCCUGUUGGCUUCCCUUCUUCAGUCUUUCAGCUCACGGCUUCAGAGUGUGGCAAUGUCUCAGCACUCUAUUAAACCCCCUAGUGAGUGUUCCUCUCCCUCCAAGGCACCACCUGCAGACAAAGAGCCUCUGCCUGUGUAUGGGACAGCCUCAAGCCGCUUGAAGGGCCUAAUGAGGAAGAGCAAACUUCAAAAUCACAGCAUCACACCCUACAGUCGCCGGGGACAUAGUCAAGACAGACCACCAGAAUCCCCUCGCUCAGCACACAGUGCCACGCCUCCCUCUGGUCCUACAACUGCUGAAUCAGUUUCCUGUGCAGAGCGCCUGAAGGCAGUGGCCAACAUGGUUAAAAUCCGUUCUAGUCCAGCACCUUCACCCAAGCCUAGUGUGGCCUGUAGUCAACUGGCCCUGCUGUUGUCCAGUGAAGCCCAUCUCCAGCAGUACUCCAGAGAGCAUGCACUCAAAGCCCAGCUCUCAGGAAGAUCUGCCAGCGAGAGACUAGCUGCCAUGGCAAACCAGCAGCAUGGCCAGGACAAAAGGCCACAUAGUGUGGGAGGUACUCUGCCUGGAGCCCCUGAUACACUAAGCUCCUUAACGACCGAAAAUGGAAUGACAACAACAACCACAAUGACAACAACACUCCCUCGAACGGCCCUGUCCAGUCCACAGAGUCCCUCUUUGCUGCGUGGCCACAGCCAAAGCUCCCCACCCACUCCCCCACAUGCUCCAACCCCCACUCACAGCCAACUACCUAGGGAGAAGCGAGGCUUUGACUCACGUCCAACCCGUCCCCCCCAGACAUGCAGCAGCUUGCUGCUGCUGCUACUCAACAACCACAACAACCAGAAGCAGCUGACGAAGAAUGGGCACCUGGAGGACAGCUGUGGCAUUCUGCCACCAAGCGGCUCAUCUUCAGUCACAUCUGACAGCGAGUGCUCCAUCCAGGAGAGGAGCCUGACCAAGGACAGCAGUGAUGCAGAGAGUUCCUACUCUAGUUGCUCUCCCAUUGACCUCUCCAUGAGAAGCCGGGCCAGUACACAAGACACAGGGCCAAAAAUUACCAUCCCUGCUUCCUCCUUUUCCUUUUCUUCCUCUGCCCUCUCUUCUUCCACCACAGUGUUUUCCUCCACCCCAGUUGCAUUUUCUCCUCAAGCUUCUGCUCUACCCUCCACAACAUUUUCACCAUCCUCUGCUGUUGUGUCCUCUGCUAUUUCUUCAUCUUCUUCCUCCUCUAUCUCUACCUCCUCCCUCGACAAACUAACAGAAUCUUUAAUAAACAAGUGGAAGCCAGAGCCAUCAGGAUCAAAGGUGUGCAAUAACAAGGAGCCUGAAAUGAGCCCAGACCUAAAGUCACACUCUAAGGUCACACUUAUGCAGCUUCUUCUUGAGCGCAGAAAUAAUGAGAUGGUAAAUAAAAGCAUAGGUAACCAGGAUUUGCCACUUGAUAUAACUAUGGCCACCAUGUCUCGAGGCCAAUCAAAGGGGCUCGUGCCCUGGGAGGAGACCAGGACAAAAAGCCCCAUUGAUAAACCUGUAGCCCCAGCCCAGCCCCUCUACUCACUUAGCCGUGACCCUAGUGGUGCACUAUCCCCGUACUCCUACCCCUCCCCCCAUAUCCAGUCCAGCCCAUUGGAUUUGUGUAAGUCUAAAGCCUUCCCUGCUGAGAAGACUUCAGAGCCUGCUUUCAGUGCCAGUAAACUGUUACAAAAUCUGGCUCAGUGUGGCACAGCUUCUUCCUCCCCACCCAUCCCCUCCAGCAAAGGGAUGGGUCAGGAGCUUGAUGCCAGCAGACCCCUUGCCUUAUUGGAAAGGCUUAAUGCUCCAAUCAACAGGACCACCACCACUCCAUUCUCCGACGGACCCUCAGGUAGUGGUACACCUUUCAGUCAGAAGGAAGCUUCUCCUCCUUCAUCACAGAUUGAGAACCUUCUAGAGAGGCGCACUGUAUUGCAGCUCCUUCUAGGAACAAACUCGACUACUGCUACAGUCAGCCGCAAAGAUAGGCCCAGUGGCAGGAGGAGUGUAGAGGUUUCAGGGGGGUGCUAUGAGAAGAGCCCUGGAGCCUCAAUCAUCUGUGACAGCUCCAAUGGGCCCCCUUUGGAUGUAAAGGUCAAAACUGAGUUUAUGGAGGAGGUGGGACCGUCCUCAGCCAUGUCUGAGGACUCAAGUGGCAGAAAGAGACCUAGUGGCUAUGAAAAGAAUAGCCCCCUCUUUAAUUCUCAGCAGGACUUAAAAACAGAACCACGGCCUGCAGAGGUCAUAGCAAAAUAUGGCCUUCUCAGCCAGCUGCUUAAACAACAGACUGCUACCUACUACACCAGUUCUGCUAUGCAGGCUGAGUCACUGCCCAGACAGGUUAAAGAGGAACAGAGGGAGUAUCCAAGCCCCAGUCCUAAGAAGAGACGCCUCUGCUCUGACCGGACUGAUAGUUUGAAUAAUACCAUCUCUCUAAGAGCAGUAGACUGUGGCGACAUAAACAUUUUUGCAUCUUCUGCUGUUCAGGAAGAAACUGACCAGCCGAGGCAUGUGAAGGAAGAGGAGGCUCCACCAAGGAGCCCAUCAAGUGAAACCCUCACCAGAGAGAGUCGGGGCUUCAAUGUGCUCAAACAGCUGUUGCUCUCUGACAACUGCCUGAAGGAGCUGUCCCAGCAGCCCAGGGGGACACCCAGUCCUUCUGUCCUGCAGGCCAAUGGCAAGGCCAACGGCAGCAUUCUCAGUCAGCCUGCCCAUAAUCACAGCUUCCUCCACCUGACCGGCUGGCCCCCCCAUGGUUCCCUUAACUCAGGGCUUCCGAGUAAUCUCAGACCACUGCCCACCCCCCCUGCAGGUGACAGCCCUCUCCUCACCCCCUGGAGUCGCCACCCAGCUCCAUGGCCGGGCACUCAAAAACGGGACCCCCCUACUCUAGUCAAACAGGAGCUUGAGAGCCCUGUGAGAUGGAGUAGUCAGGAUAAUGAGGAGGAGGAGGGUUGUGACUCAAACCUGGACUCUCCACGGCUCUCACGUUCCAACCCCAUCCUGUAUUACAUGUUGCAGAAGGGCAGCAUUCAGCUGAGAAAGGAGGUGCGGGAUCAGGCAGAGGGAACCCAGUCUGUGGUCAGAGUUAAAGAAGAGCCAAUCAGUGACAUGCAUGCUUAUGAACACAGUCUGAGCUCUAUCCCGCAAUCACCGACCCACAAUGACAAGCACAGCCAUGAGAGCCAGGGGCUGAGCCAAUCAUAUGAGUAGAAGUUGUAUCAACUACAGAAAAAAUACAAAGCGGAAUCAAAUUCAUUGACUUUUCCCCCCCUUUUUUAAUGACUUGCCAAAUUGGUUUGAUGGGACGAAUAACGAAGAAUACAAAAAUGUUUUUUAUUUAGUGGAAUAGAGCAAGUUCAAAUUCAAAUGCACAUUUCUCAAUUUUAAAUAGUGAGGUCAUGGAAUGGUACAAAACAGGUCUAUCUUAGCAAAAUGUAUAAUUGAUUCAACCAAAACUACACAACUGUCACAAAUUUAACCUUUCCCAUCAGUGAUUAUCAUGCACUACAUAUUUCAUUUAGUCAAUUAUGAAGGCCUCCUUUACAAUUUGGUCUGGUUUUACACUUAUUAUUUGUAUCUGAAUUGUACACAUAUCACUGUUCCAUGUCCCCUUUGUUGCCUGGCAUAAAACAUUUAGAAAGAACAUUUCAAGCAACAUUUAUUAUUGAUGAUACCAAAAAUGUUAGCGCUCAGUUCAGUGGACAUUUAUUUAUUUUCUCCAUCAGAACAUUUCAGAUAGACAGAGUCCCAUCAAUUUUAGAUAAGAUUCCAAAUAAAGUCAUUCUAGGGCAGACACAGCGGUCUAUUACAACAAUGUACAUGAUACAUUCAUUCAAAGGAGGACCUUGAAAACAAUAUUCACACUGCAAUAGCUUCAGUGAAGAUCCUACCAUGAUGGAUGCUUUGUCUUGCUUUUCCUCAAGAUUCACAGUGUGGUAUGAUUACCAAUGAAGGGAGAAUAUAUCAAUGGAUGUUUGAUAGACACAAUUCAGUGAGUUAUGCUUUUAUUUGAAUUGAACUUUUAAGGGCAAUAUUCGACAGUGCAAACUCAGGGUGUGCAGAUUGUGUUUGCAGAUUGUGCAGUUUUGAGCAGAUGGGUCAACAGAGUGUGUGUGGUGCUUACAGUUGAGCAACUGUGUAUAAACAGGUUUCUAGAGCAACUGUUAAAAGGCUGCCGUGUCUGAGAAACGUAUCUUACCAUCCUGGGUAAACCCCACUUUUCUUUAUGCACACAAAAACUUAAGUGUAAAGCACAUGGCUUUUUCUUUUCAUUUCAUGUAAAGUACCACCUAGAGUUUGCUCUAUCGAAGCAGAGUCCCCUGUGUCCUUUUCAGAAUAAUUUGAUGGCAUGUAAUAAAAAAAAAAGAAAUGUCAGUAUUGUGAUCUGUUGAGAAUUUGACAGUUUGUGAUUUUUUUUCAUCAUUUCUUAACUGUUGUGGUUUAUGGACAUCUUUUAUUUUUGUGGCAGUUUCUCAACUCACAAAAUGUCAAAAGAAUUGCAUGAUAAUUAAGAGAAGACCACAGGUACAUCUUUGUUUUCAAAACAGCUGGAUAUGUGUACCUGCACCCCAAUAAUCACCACAACAUGUUGGUGUCUUGAGGGAUAUCUGGUAUCUAGCUCCUUAUUUGGAUUGUACUGUAUUCUUUUCAGUUAAUGUCAGACACGGCUUUAUCCAUUUAGUCUUGUGAUCUUUUUAAUACAUAUACCUAUGAAGUACGCCUCUUCAAUUAUUAAUACAUUUUCACAAUGGUUAAAUAUAUUUGUGUAAAUAGUACUUUCAGUAUGAAAGAUGACUAUUUUGUAAUGUUUAAGAAAAGAUAAUACCCUAGUUUUUAAUGCCCUGAUAUGUAAAUAUGAAUUAUAUGCGUACAAGUGUACAUACAAAGGCGGAGGAUGCUAUGCCCAUCUUUUUUGGUUGGUUUGUUCUUUGCAUGUGUCUCUAUGUGGUAAAUGAUAAUCUAUCCUGCGCUGUGUUGUGUAAUAAUGUCUGACUCUCCUCACUGCUGCCUGUUGCAUGCAGACGCAUGGGAACUACCUGUGUAUCCCUACUGGUGAUGGGGGAAAAUGUCAAGUCUUAAAAUAGGUCUUUUUUAUCACAGAGAGGUUCGUUUAGAAUAUGAACAGUCCCUAAAUAACCACAGACUGUUGAGCAAGUUGAUUAAAAUGUGUGAAAAAUAAACGUGCAUUGAAUAUUUUUGUGAUUUUCUUUUCUGUUACUGGUUAACAAAGCUCUGGGAGAGAGCUCGGGGCUAUAGUGGGGGAUUGACGUACAAUCAUAGAUCUGCAUUGUACAUCUAAGAAAUACAUUUGUAGCAGCAAAUAUAAAAAAGAUAUGUUUCAUUUUUUUCAUGUGAAGACCUGAAACAUUAUUUCAUUUUUUAUGUUUUCAUUUUUGGUGUUCAUUUGCACUGAUAUCUCAAAAAUAAAGUACUAAAAUGCAUGA